AAGUCUUAUUGAUUAUAUUUCAGUUAAUUUAGUGAGGUGUAGUUCAUAGACGCCCACUAGAUGGCGCCAAAGCCCCACAGUAAUUGUUAUUUUCUUAGUGUUAGUUUGUGUUUUGUCCCUUGCGAGCUCCUGUAGUUCCCUCGUGCAGUCUACCGAGCUGGAAGCAGCUGCACUGUGUGUUUGGUGGCAAAUACUCUUUAAAUUCACCAUUUGUGUGCGUCAAUUUGACCAAACCACACAUAUACCAUACACUUACGCUCCACAGACACACACCUCUGAUCACAACACUAUCUUGUACCGAGCUGAUGUCCCAGUGCUGUGUACUCAACACUAAAUUGGCUAUUAAAGAUCUGUUGAAUGAACAUCUCUCUGAGCCCUGCUCUCUUACCGGAGCCUCCUGCUUCUAAGAACUACCAAGCCAGCACCCCCUGAGUACCACACUCUAUUUCAUGGUCCUUCGAGCCGGAUCGGUAGAAACCUUAGAAGCAAGUAUGGAUAAAGACCACGAAGUCACAGAGGAACCUUCUGUGCAUCCAUGUAUCCAGCGAGAGAGACGUCCUCCAGCCCACCUCAACGAUUAUGAGGUUGAGUACCAUCCAAAACCAGUAUCAGUGCCACCUCCGCUAUCCAGCAAAUCUCCAUCACACAAGUCCUUGUCUGGAUCCCAAUGCAGCAGACAAAGGUCACAGGUCAGUGUGAAUUCCAUUUCUGGUCGCUCUACAACAGCAGCAUUAACUGAUGUACAAGCUGCAGAGCUGGAAGAACGUAUUAAACGUUUGGAGUUGACAGAGUUAAAGCGUCAAGUAGAAGAACAGCACAUAGCUGAGCAACAGUGUCAACUAUUAGACGAUCAAGCUCGUAAAGCCCUCGAUCAGAGAGAAGAAUUACUCAGAGAGCAGGAAAGAAAGAGCCGUCAGCUAGAUGAGGAGGCUCGAGCUGCACAUCGAAGCAGAGAAUGUCUCACUCGUCAGUUAGCCCUGCAGAGACGCUUAAAGGAGAAAGAAAUAGAGCUUGAAAAGGCAAGACUCAUUGCAGCCUUCCUUAAAGAGUCAGAGAUAGAGUCUUCUGAGCACUCUACUCCAAAUAGGGUCAGUGAAGUGAUAUUCCCAGCCCAAAGCUCAUCUGAUCCCACAGUUCCAGCUCCAUGCUACAAGAUGACUCCAGUCAACCAAGCACCUCCAUCAGUAGCUUUACAGCAGUCACCUCCUGCACCUCCAGUUCAACAGCACACUACUGGAAGUCCAGCUAGAGCCCAUCAAGUGGCUCAAAUCUAUGCUACAAUGCAGCCUAAUGAAACCUAUGAUCUCAAUAUGCAGUCACCAUGGGCACCACCCUUUGCAUCUACACUGCUUCCUAGUGUGCCCCAGGGGUUCUCAGUUCCUAGCCAGCCUCCUUCUCAUCCUGUACAGCCUCCUAGAUGCUACAAGACCCCAGAUCAAGUGAGCAAUCCUCACAGAGACGUAGCCGGUUUAAACAUGAUCGGUCAAGCCCAGUCACACCCUGUGAUGCAAAACAACCCGGAUAUAGGACCCAAUCUGCAUCAUCCUGCUCCUCAACCAUCUUAUACCCAACCAAGGCUGAGCACAUCCCAUCUAAACCAAGGGUCAACAUCAGCACCAAACACUAGCUUGAUGGAUUUGCUGAUUGCAACUUCCUAUGGAAUACCCAAGCCAUCUUUGCCCACCUUCAGUAGUGGAAAAGAAUCAGAUUUCGCCCUGCUAAAAAUGGGGUUAGACAGUCUCAUGGGUGCCCACAGCCACUUAACAGAGACAUUCAAAUAUCAAGUUCUUCUAGAUCACUUGAAAUUGCCAAGUGCCUACAAACUUGCUCAGGCUUACAUGUACGACCCUACUCCCUACACUACAGCUCUGCAUGCUCUCCAGGAGAAAUAUGGGCAACCACGCCAGCUUGUCCAGAGUGAAUUGGGAACUAUCCUGAAUGCCCCUCUCCUCAGAAUGGGAGAUACAGAAGGCUUUGAUAACUUUGCGCUUGCCGUACAUGCUCUAGUUGGCAUGCUCCGUUCCCUGGAGGGAGACAAUGGCUAUGAGCUAAAGUGUGGCUCGCAUGUGGAUAGACUUCUAAGUAAGCUUCCUGCAAACUACCGUGAUGGGUUCGUUGAAUAUUGCUUCAGUCAUGGUAUACUGCAGACUGGAACUGAUAGAACUUACACACUUCCUGAGUUCUCUGCAUGGCUACAGCUGAAAUCAAAGGCCAAGCGUAUCUCAAGCCGCGCUGCUGAACUGUUCCAUGAGCCAGUUAUACCAAUGAAGAAGGUACAAAGAAAUCAGAGACUGGCAUCCACCAUCUACUAUGGAGCAGAGCACAGUGUUGCGAGAGACUCCACACCAUCAUCCAUCAACAAAGGAGCCUUCAUGAAAGGUAAAGACAAGCCUAAACCAUACUGCCCUUACUGCAACACCAGGGAGCACUACCUUAGUGUCUGUGCCAAGUUCAAGUCCCUAAACCCCAGCCAGAUCUCAGAAUGGCUAAAGGACAAAGGCUGCUGGCGCUGUGGACGAAAUCAUAAACCGGAGAAAUGCACUCUUAAGAAACCUUGCAGCAUCUGUAAAAGGCAACAUCUUACCGUACUGCAUGAAGCAAGUCAGCAAGAGACUCGUCAAGUCCUCAUGGUCAAUGCCUCUCCAGACACUAUAUAUCUGGAUCGUCCCAAUCGCCCUCAGAGAGUUAUGCUAAAAGUAGUCAAAGUCAUUCUGCACAGUGGGGACAAAUCAUUGGAAGCCUUCGCAGUGUUGGAUGAUGGUUCGGAGCGAACCAUAAUCCUCUCCCCUGCUGUCCAGUGUCUGGGUCUGGGGAAAGAGCCUGAAAUCCUUUCUUUGAGAACCAUCCGCCAUGAUGUCAUACAACUACAAGGAUCAUCUGUCUCGUUUGACAUUUCACCUGCUCAUAACCCAAGCAAGAGAUUCAAGAUUCAUCAUGCCUUUUCAGCAGAUGAGCUUGGACUAUCCGAACAUAGCUACCCAGUAAAGGCUCUGACUGCAAAGUACCAUCAUCUACAGGGUCUACCCCUGUCACCUAUAGACAGAGUUCACCCAGUAGUACUUAUUGGGUCAGAUUUCCCCCACUUGCUUGUUCCUACCCAGCCAGUCAGAAUUGGUCCACCUGGAGGCCCUGUCGCAGUCUGCACAUCUCUUGGAUGGGCUCUACAAGGCCCAUCAAACAUAUUUCCUUUGACUGCAAGUGACCAGCAAUGCCUCUUCACAACAGUCACGUCGCCUGCUUCUGAUCUCCUGCUCCAUGUAGAGAAACUUUGGCAAUUAGACACACUGCCUUAUGCUGGAGACAAACGUGUCACACGCUCAAAGUUGGAUCAGCAAGCUCUAGCUUUAUUGGAGCAACAUACUGCCCAAGUCAAGAUUGAUGGAGUAAUGAGGUACGCAACACCUCUGCUGAGGCGCAAGGACUCACCACUUCUCAAAGCACCCACAACAGCCUGUCUUUCCUUACUAAGGAGCACAGAGCGCCGCAACGCAAAAAAUGUGAAGCAAGCCCAAGACUACCAUCAAGAAAUGGCAAAAUUAGAGCAAGCAGGUCAUGUCCAGAGGUUGUCACCUGAAUCUGUUGAGUCUACCACAGAGUCAUGGUUUCUUCCCCACCACCUUGUGUACCAUAAUGGUAAAGCCAGGCUGGUCUUCAACUGCUCUUUCCAGUAUGGGGGCCAGAGUCUCAAUAACAACCUCCUAGCCGGUCCAGUCCUGGGACCCUCCUUAUUGGGAGUUCUACUACGGUUUCGUGAACACACAGUUGCCAUAAGUGGGGACAUCAAAUCCAUGUUCCAUCAAAUUUGUCUGCUUCCUCAAGAUAGACCACUGCUGCGUUUCCUCUGGAGAGAGAGAAAGGAGGAUGAACCCACUGUGUUUGAGUGGCAGGUGCUCCCCUUUGGGACGACAUGCAGCCCUUGUUGCGCUAUCUAUGCGCUUCAGCAUCACGUGAGAGAGCACAGAGAGGGCAAUGGGGACAUUGUGAAUUCCGUAGAACAGGCAUUUUAUGUCGACAACUGCCUCCAAAGUUUCACUUCUGUUGAGAAAGCCAAGAACCUCAUCGACCGCAUUCGAGCACUGCUAGCUGCAGGGGGCUUUGAAAUAAGGCAAUGGGCCAGUAACGUCCCAGAAACCAUAAAACACCUUCCAGCAGAUGCUAAAGCAACCAGCACAGAACUCUGGCUGUCCCAGCAAAGUCAAGACCCACAAGAAUCCACCCUGGGCCUGCGCUGGAAUUUUCUCACAGAUUGUUUGGGCUACCGACAUCGACCAGUGGAAUACUCCGAGCCUACUCUCCGAAAUGUGUAUAAAGUCCUAGCUACACAAUAUGACCCCUUGGGGUACCUUGUACCCUUCACGACAAGAGCUAAAGUCAUCAUACAAGAUCUGUGGAAGACAGAGAUUGGCUGGGAUGAGCUACUUCCUGCUGGCCUACUGGAGCUGUGGAGAAAUUGGGAAGCUGAGCUUGUAAAUCUACCUCUAGUUGAGAUCUCUCGAUGCUAUGUUCCCCCAUGUGCAGACAGUGAAGCAGCAAUAAGAGAGGCACAUGUAUUCUGUGACGCUUCAGAAAGGGUGUAUGGCUCAGUAGCGUAUCUUCGUACACAAUGUGCACAGGAGCAUGUCCAUGUUUCAUUUGUGAUGGCAAGAUCCAGAGUGGCUCCCCGCAAGCAGAUUUCUAUGCCACGCCUAGAAUUGUGUGCUGCACUCACUGGAGCACAGCUGGCAGGAGUCCUUAAUUCAGAGCUAGCCAUUCCUAUCAGUGACAUCACCAUGUGGACUGACUCAACAACUGUGCUAAACUGGAUUCAGUCUGAUUCAUGUCGCUAUAAGGUGUUCGUGGGCACACGCAUCUCUGAAAUCCAGACUCUCACAGAAGUCACCAACUGGAGGUAUGUCAACACAGCUGAUAACCCAGCAGACGAUCUGACCAGAGGCAAAUCACUGCUAGAGCUCAGCCGCCCACAUCGCUGGAAUCGAGGGCCGCAAUUUCUUCAUUACCAUCCAAGUUCCUGGCCAUCUUUACCCGUCCUAGAGCCCCACAGCGAGGAUAAAGAAUUGAAGAAAGCUGUCUUUUGUGGCAAUACCACAGUUACAAGUCCUCAGCUGCCCGACAUCAGUCAGUUCAAGACUUGGACUGACCUCAUAAACACCACUCACCAUAUCUUCAUGGGGCGGCUUGUGGCCCAGAAAAGUGUAAUGGGACUGCUGCAGAUGCCUUGGACACCGAACUCUAUUUACUGA